AUGGCUAAAGAAAACCAGACUCUGCCUGAAUUCCUCCUUCUGGGAUUCUCUGACCUCAGGCCCCUGCAGGGGCCCCUCUUCUGGCUGGUGCUUCUGGUCUACCUGACCACCUUGCUGGGGAACUCGGUGAUCGUCGUCCUCACGAAGGCCUGCCCCGUCCUGCACUCCCCCAUGUACUUCUUCCUGCGCCACCUCUCGCUGGUCGAAAUCCUCUACACCACUGACAUCGUGCCCAGGACCUUGGCCGACCUGGCCUCCGGGCAGCCCCGGCCCAUUUCCUUCCAGGGCUGUGCGGCCCAGAUGUACAUCUUCAUCGUCCUGGGCAUCUCGGAGUGCUGCCUGCUCACGGCCAUGGCCUACGACCGCUACGCUGCCAUCUGCCGCCCGCUGCACUACUCCACCCUCAUGAACUGGAGGGCCUGUGCCGCCAUGGUUGGCACCUCCUGGCUCAUGGGCAUCCUCACGGCCACCACCCACUCUUCCCUCAUCUUCACGCUGCCUUUCCCCGGCCGCCCCGUCGUCCCCCACUUCCUCUGCGACAUCCUGCCCGUGCUGCGACAGGCGAGCGCCGGCAGGCACAGGAGCGAAAUCUCCGUGAUGACCGCCACCGUGGUUUUCAUCAUGAUCCCCUUCUCCCUCAUCGUCACCUCCUACGCCCGCAUCCUCGGUGCCAUUCUGGCCAUGGCCUCCACCCAGAGCCGCCGCAAGGUCUUCUCCACCUGCUCCUCCCACCUGCUCGUGGUCUGCCUCUUCUUCGGCACAGCCAGCAUCACCUACAUCCGGCCCCGGGCGGGCUCCUCUGUCACCACCGACCGCAUCCUCAGUCUUUUCUACACGGUCGUCACCCCCAUGCUCAACCCCAUCAUUUACACGCUCCGCAACAAGGAGGUGACAGGGGCCCUGCGGAACAUGAUGAAGAAGCAGGUUUCCUCGCCCUGA